AUGAAUAAAAAGUGGAAAUUCUCCAAGUAUACUGAUAUAAGAAAUGCAAUAUUCUUUGAAGUCAUCAUUGGGAUCACAGCGAACACUGUCCUGCUUCUAUUCCACAUCUUCACAUUUCUUUGCAAGCACAGGCCCAAGCCCCUCGAUAUGGCUAUUAGUCAGUUGGCCCUGAUUCACCUGGUGUUGCUGGUAACCAUGGCUGUCAUAGCUACAGACAUUUUUGGGUUUGAGGACUGGUGGAAUGAUCUCUUGUGUAAAUCAGUUAUUUAUGUAAACAGGUUGAUGAGGGCCCUCUCCAUCUGUACCACCUGCCUUUUGAGUGUCCUCCAGGCCAUCACCCUCAGCAACAGAAACUCUUGCUUGGCAACAUUGAAGCACAAAUCCGCGCAUCACUACCCAUGCUGCCUUGUCCUCUUUUGGGUCUUCAAUCUGCUCCUGAAUGGUCGCUACUUAAUUUCUAUUGGUGCCACUCCCAAUGAGACUUCACAGAGUCUCAUGUUUGUCACUGAAUCCUGCUCUCAGUGGCCUAUCAGUUACUUGUUCAGGUACAUAUUUCUCUCCUUGGUGAAUAUUCAGGAUAUCUCUUUUAUAGUGUUGAUGGCCUUCUCAGGUGGAUAUAUGGUAAGACUGUUAUGCAGGCAUAAGAGGCAGUUCCAACACCUUCACAGCACCAGCCUUUCUCCAAAGGCAUCCCCAGAAGAAAAGGCUACUCAGACCAUUCUGCUGCUCAUGGGUUUCUUUAUAAUCAUGUACUUGUUGGACUGUGUUACUUUCUCAUCCCUUGGAGUGUUGUGGAAAGAUGAUCCCAUUCAUCAUUGUGUCCUGAUGCUUGUGGGAAAUGCUUAUGCAACAAUUUGUCCUUUUGUGCUAAUGAGCACUGAAAAGCGAAUGAUUAAAUGUUUAACUUUCAGGUGUGAAAUAUAG